UUGACUUUCUUCUUGGCGGGUCUAUCUAUCUAUCCUUUUCAAAGAACCCUCCGAAGAUCCAUCGCCGUCGGAGAUUCUCAUUGGCUUGGCCGGAUUUUCUAGUCUGGUCCCGGAAUGGACAAGCCAUUAACUCUAUUAAACCACAUAGCUCCCUCCUUCCCCGUACCCACACUCCAUCUCCAUGACCAAGUUCAGACCCUUGACCAGAAACUCACCAUUAACGGCCCUUCGAAGCUCUCAGGGCACGUUCACAUUAGUGGGUCCAAAAACUCCUCUCUGGCGAUCCUUGCAGCCACCCUUUGCUGCUCCGGCACCACCAAGCUCCGCGAUGUGCCCAACCUGUCUGAUACUCGAGCAAUGGGCUCAAUCUUGAGCUCACUGAGUGCAGAGGUUGAAGUCUCCGGCGAUGAGGUCCUGAUCAAUGCGGAUGGCGUGAGCUGUGUAGAGCCCUGCCGGGAUAGAGUGAAAGAGAUUCGGGGCGGGUUCUUCGUUAUUGGCCCGCUGCUAGCUCGGUUCGGUGAGGCGGCGGUGGCCUUGCCAGGCGGCUGCGAUAUCGGGUCCCGCCCUGUGGAUCUUUUCAUGCGAGGGCUUCGUGCUCUUGGGGCUAUUGUUGAGUUGAGAGAUGGAAAAGUCGAAGCUCGGGUCAGAAAUGGGAGAAGGCUCGUCGCGGGGAAGUUCCGUCUAGAUUAUCCCAGCGUUGGAGCGACGGAAACUCUGAUGAUGGCUGCUUGUUUAGCCGAUGGAGUGACAAUCCUCUCCAAUGUCGCCAAAGAGCCAGAGGUGAUUGAUCUCGCUCAUUUUCUGAACAACAGCGGAGCUCAUAUUGAAGGAGCAGGAAGCAGCAAAAUCCGCAUUUUGGGACAGAGUCAGCUACAUGGAACCGAAUGUACGAUAACACCCGAUCGGAUAGAAGCAGGAACAUUCUUGCUUGCUGCUGCAAUCACUCGGUCGUGCAUCAAUAUUUCACCAGUUUUUCCAUCCCAUAUCUCAUCUUUGGUACAUAAACUUCAGACUGCCGGUUGCAGAAUCAGACGAAGUGGGCGUGAUUCCUUGGAGGUUUCAGCAGUGUGUGAAAAUGGCGACAGGGUUUUCCGAGGCUUCAAUGUAACGACAAGUCCAUUUCCUGGGUUCCCAACAGAUCUCCAGCCUCAGACAAUGGCGUUGCUUACGACUUGUAACGGCUUAAGCAGGGUGGAGGAGUCUGUUUUCGAGCGACGAAUGACUCAUGUCCAAGAACUGCAGAAGCUCGGGGCAAGAAUCGAUCUUUCUGGAAGCAGGGCUCUCAUUUAUGGGAAAGAAAAGGCAAGUUGCUUCCUGUUUCCUAGUGCUUUGGUUGGUUCGGAGCUCACCGCAAUGGAUCUGAGAGGGGGAGCUGCGCUAGUUUUAGCGGGAUUAGCUGCUGAAGGGAGGACAGAAAUUAGUGCAGCUGGACAUAUUUACAGAGGCUAUGAGGAUAUUGAUCGGAAACUAGCAGGUCUCGGAGCUGACAUUCAAAUAUCAAGCAGUACUGCCUCUGUACUGGCAUAACUGGUGAUAACGUUAGUUUUUUUCUUAAUUCAUAAAUUUUAUUUUAUUUUUUAAAAAUUUUCUUUGACAGGAUUGAUAACUUUAGCUCAGAAGUCUGAGAGGGCAAUGUAAGAGUUCUUGUAAUUUUUUUUAAUUCUUUAAUUUAUUCAUUCUUACGUUAGAGAAGGAAAUCUCUUCAUUGUAUUUAACUGUACAUGCUAUCUUAUACCCAUUGGCAUCGAGAUAAUAGUUCUUA